AUGGAACAUCAUCAUCAGGCUUCUUCUUCAUCAUCCUCUUCUGGUUCGAGUUAUGAAGUGUUCUUGAACUUUAAUGGUAUAGAUGUUCGCACUAGUUUCGCAGAUUGCCUCUACAAUUCUUUGGUUUAUGCUGGAAUUCGAACUUUCAGGGACGAGGAUGAACUCCACAAGGGAAACAAGAUGGGCUCAGAGCUACUAGCUGCAAUCCAGGAAUCGAGAAUCUCCAUUCCAAUAUUUUCGAAAAAUUAUGCUUCAAGCAAAUGGUGUCUCAAUGAGCUAAUUGAGAUAUCUGACUGCCGAAGAACAAUGGAUCAGAUCGUCUUGCCUAUUUUCUACAAAGUUGAACCAAGAGAAGUGCGAAACCAGACUGGGGGAUAUGGGAAGGCCUUUGAAGAUCAUCAGAUGUGCUUCGAUGAGACCACGGUGCAAAAGUGGAAGAAAGCUAUGAGAGAGGUUGGGGAAUUGGAUGGAUGGGAUACAAAGACUAACCCGUAUGAAGGGAAGUUAAUAAGAGAUGUCAUUAAAACCGUUUGGAGUACAUUGAACAAAAGACCCUUGAUUGUUUCUGAAAAUCUAGUUGGAAUCAAUUUUCAUAUAAAAGAAAUGUUGAUGCUAAUAGAUAUUAAAUCUGACAACAGGAAGAUUGUUGGGAUCCAUGGCCUCGGUGGCAUUGGAAAGACAACAAUUGCUAGAGCAAUUUACAAUGCAGUCUUUCAGCACUUUGAAGGAUAUAGCUUUAUUGAAAAUAUUCAAGAAAAUACUAAAAAAUAUGGGCUCCCCCAUCUGCAAAACCAACUUAUCUUUGAUAUCUCGAAACAAGAAAAUCAGAAUAUUACUAGUGUCGAUAAUGGAAUUAAUGUGAUCCGACAAAGAUUGUUCAACAGAAAAGUUCUUAUUGUUCUUGAUGAUGUGGAUCAAGAUAUUCAAGCAGAGUCUUUAGUUGGGGACCGUGAAUGGUUUGGUAUCGGAAGCAAGAUCAUUAUUACAAGUAGAAAUAAGGAUAUUUUGAUUGCUCGAAAAGUAGAUGGGAUUUAUGAGCCAAAUGUAAUGGAUUCAGACGAUUCUCUUAAACUUUUUUGCCAUCAUGCAUUUGGAAGGGACCAACCUCUAGAAGAUUAUUUGGAUCUCUCAAAAGCCAUAGUAAAAACUUCUGGAGGACUUCCGUUGGCUCUUCGAGUCAUAGGAUCAUCUUUAUUCUCAAAGAGAAAAUUUGUAUGGGAAGGCAUGUUAAAAAAGUUACAAAAAAUUCCCAAUAAUGAUGUUAUGAAAAGGUUGAAAAUAAGUUACGAUGGAUUAGAAGAUGUGGAGCAACAAAUGUUUCUUGAUACUGCUUGUUUUUUCAUUGGAAUGAAUAAAGCUAUUGCAUGUCAUAUAUGGGAAGGGUGUGAUUUUUCUCCUGAAGUAGGACUUGAUGUUCUUUGUGUAAAUUCUUUGAUAACAAUUAGUGAAGAUGGUAAGUUAAGGAUGCAUGAUCUUCUUCGGGAUCUUGGAAGGGAAAUUGUUCGUCAAGAGAACAUAGAUGAGCCAGGGAAGCGUACUCGAAUAUGGUUUCAAGAGGAAGUCUUGGCUGCAUUAAAUACACGGGCGGGAACAAGUAAUGUUAAAGGACUCAGUAUUGCCUUUAGACAUAUAUCAAGGAGCCAAUGUUUGAUGAGUGAGGGAUUUGCUGCAAUGACAAGGCUAAGAUUACUCCAAGUCGAUUAUGCACAAACUUCUGGGAUCAUGACCAAUUCUUUUUCAGAACUAAGAUGGCUUAGUUGGAGAGGAUGCCCUGACCGAUAUGCACUAACCAAUUUUUGUCCCCAGAAACUGGUUGUUCUUGAUCUUUCACAUAGUAAGAUCACAAAAAACUGGACGGGUUGGAACUGUAUCAAGAUGGCAGUAAAUCUAAAAGUUCUAAAUCUCACAUCUUGUCAUCGACUAUCUAGUACUCCUGAUGUUUCAGAAAAUCGACUCUUGGAGGUAUUGCUUCUUAAAGACUGUAAAAAUUUGGAGCAAAUUGAUACAUCCAUUUGUUUUCUCACGAAUUUAGUCAUUUUGGAUAUGAGUGGGUGUGAAGGUCUAAUUGAACUUCCUGAGAAAUUGGACCUCGUGAUUAAAUUGACAACACUUGAUUUAAGUUGCUGUGUUAAACUUGAAUCUAUUCCAACUCUUCCCAAACACUUGGAGGUAUUGAUUCUUAAUGGAUGUGGAAAUUUGGUUGGGAUCAACACAUCCAUUGGUUGUCUCAGAAACUUAGUCACAUUAGAUUUGAGGGGCUUCUGGAGACUAGUGGAUCUCCCAAGUGAAAUAUGUCAAUUGACUUCUCUUGAAAGACUUGACUUAGGACGAUGUGGAAAUCUAAAGAAGCUACCAGAGAAAUUUGGCCGCCUAAUCUCCUUGACAACACUUGUUUUCAAAAAUUGCACAAGUCUAGUGGAUCUCCCAAGUGAGAUUUCUCAGUUGACUUCUCUCAAAGAACUCAAUUUUGAAAGAUGUGGAAAUCUAAAGAAGUUGCCAGAGAAAUUGGGCCAUAUGAUCUCCUUGACAACACUUGAUUUACAGGAAUGCAAGAGUCUAAAUAAGCUUCCAGAUAAAUUGGGCUGCAUGACCUCCUUGACAACACUUGAUAUAAGAGGUUGUGGUAAACUUGAAUCUCUUCCAAUUCUUCCUUCUAGUCUAAAAUAUGUUGAUGCUUCUUACUGUGCAUUGUUGGGAUCACUCCCAAUGCUUUCAAGCCUGAAAAAUCUAGAGAAUUUGUUCCUUCGAGGAUGCAAGAAGCUUUUACACAUCUCAGGUCUUCCCUCAAGUCUGGCCAGCCUUAAUGUUAGUCAUUGCUCUUCAAUUCAAUACAUCUCAGGUUGUCUCUCAAGUUUGAGUAGCCUAGAUGCUACCUAUUGUGUGUCAAUGGUAAAACUAUCAAGUUCAUCAUCAGGAGGCUUGAGAAAUUUAAAGACAUUAUGCAUUGAUAAUUGCACCAGCCUAGAAGAACUUGAAGGUGCUCAUGAGAAAUUGGACUGUCUGCAGCUCUUAUCCACCAACUGGUGCACAUCAUUAAGAAAAUUACCAAAUCUCAGGGGAUCAAAAAAUCUAAUGGCUUUAAAUCUCUAUCGGAACGAUGCAAUAUCCGAAUUUGAAGGUGAAGGGAUGGACUCUCUAGAGGUGUUAGAGAUAGAGUCUUGUCAGUCAUUAAGAAAAAUACCAAAUCUGAGAGAUUCGAAAAGGCUGAGGAGACUAGAAAUCAAAGACUGUCCGGAAUUAUUUGAGAUUGAGGGUCUUGAGGAUUUUGAAUACUUAGAAACAUUAUCAAUUAGUGAGGCUGCAUCAUUAAAAGCAUUACCAGAAAUUUCAAACCUGAAGAACCUGAUUUAUUUUAGAAUCAGUCGAUGCGACUCGAUGGAAAGAUUACCUAAUCUUUCAAACUUAAAAGAGCUAUGGCAUUUAGUGAUUGAGUAUUGCAAGAAGUUAACAGAAAUUAUAGGCCUUGAUAGAUUGGAGUCAUUGCUAGAAUUGAAAAUUUAUGGAUGCAUAGCCAUUGAAAGAUUACCAGAUCUGUCAAAAUUACAUAAAUUGAAGUAUCUAAAGAUUGAAGGCUGCAAGAAUCUAAACGAGAUUCAUGGUGUUGACAGAUUAGAAUUCUUAUGGAAAUUGGAUAUUAGUGGCUGCGAGUCCUUGAAGAGAUUACCAGAUCUAUCGAACUUACAAGAAUUGAAUGGUCUAAAAAUUGAAGGCUGCAAGAAUCUAACCAAGAUUCAUGGUAUUGAAGGAUUGGAGUUCUUGGAGGAUUUGGAUAUUAGUGGCUGUGAGUCAUUGGAAAGAUUACCUGAUCUAUCAAACUUAAACAAGUUGCAGAUAUUAAGGAUUGAGUGGUAUGGUAACUUGACUGAAAUUCCAACACUUGGCAAAUUUAAGUCAUUGCGUAGAUUGGAAAUAGGUUGCAGAGGCAUUGAAAGAUUACCAGAUCUGUUUCAAAACUUCAAGAAGUUGAAUGGUCUAAAGAUUGAAGGCUGCAAGAAUUUAGCUGAGAUUCAUGGUGUUGAAGGAUUGGAAUUCUUAGAGGAUUUGGAUAUUAGCGGCUGCGAGUUCUUGGAAAGAUUACCUGAUUUGUCAAACUUACGAAGCUUGAAGGAUCUAAAGAUUGAAGGCUGCAAGAAUCUAAUCGAGAUUCAUGGUGUUAACAUAUUGGAAUUCUUACGGAAUUUGGAUGUUAGUGGCUGCGAGUCCUUGGAAAGAUUACCAGAUCUAUCAAACUUAAAAAAUUUAGAGCAGCUAAAAGCUAAUGAUUGCAAGAAGCUAACUGAGAUUCAAGCUGAUACUGGAUUGGAAUCUUUGAAACUCCUGGAUAUUAGGGGGUGCACAUCCUUAGAAAAAUUGCCAGAUCUGACAAAGUCAAGGAGAUUAUGGCAACUAAAUGGUGUGGUCUGCUACUGGUGGGUUCACAAAAUUACUACCAAAUUUGUCAAACCUCAAGAACUUUUGACUGAUGGCGGGUACACAAAAUUGCAACCAGAUUUGUCAAACCUGUAG